AUGAUAUCAAGAAUAAAAAGAACCCCUUACUUCUUUAUUGGUCUGUUGAUGCUCCCAAUCGCAAGCAGCUUUUCGACCUACAGUCAUUCCUCCUUUCACACUUCUCCAUCGUUUCCAUCCACACUGCUGAGUCGAUCCGUGUUGAAACAAACUACAGCCGCCUUGCAAGAAAACACAGUGUCAUUGCAGUGGACAGAAUUUUACAAUACCGAUCAAGACAAUACACCAGUCCUUUUGCUGCAUGGACUCUUGGGUUCCAAACGCAACUUUGCAUCGCUUGCAUCUUCAUUGGGCGCUCAGUUGGAAAAGCAACGACGAAUAGUGGGAGUGGAUUUGCGAAAUCAUGGAGAUUCCGAAUGGUCCGAUCAGAUGAGUUAUACGGCCAUGGCCCAAGACGUUUUGGAAUUUUUGAAGGAACAAAAUAUUGACAAGGUGAUAUUGGUGGGCCACAGCAUGGGAGGCAAAGUAGCCCAAGCCAUGAGCUUGUUGUAUCCCGAAAAAGUGGAAGGUCUGGUGGUAAUUGACAUUGCACCCGUAGCAUAUUCCCGAACAGAUCCACAUUGGAAGGCGGUCGAGGACAUUCUGCAUGCCAUUCACGCCGUCGACAUUGUAGAAGCAACCAGCAAGACCGAGGUGGACAAGCUACUACGACCGACCAUUCCGGAUCCAGCACUGCGAGCAUUUGUCUUGACGAAUUACGAUUCUCGAAAAAAGGGAUGGAAGAUCCCAGUGGGUACCAUUGUGGAAGAGCUGGAGUCGAUAGCAGGGUUCGAUGUUCCUGCUGACACGACCUAUAUUGGAGAUGUCUUUAUCAUCAACGGAGGACAGUCUCGAUUUGUAAGACAUUCCUACAUGGAUCAAAUUGCGGAUUUCUUUCCGAACCAUAUGCUGACAACGAUUCGAGGAGCUGGUCACUGGGUGCAUGCCGAAGCACCUGAUGAUACAAUUGCAUUGCUCAGGAGAUAUCUUGAUCGGUAA